AUGAAGAGGAGCAAGGUCAUCGUACACUUGGCAGCAGUGAGUGGCCGCCAGCAGGAGCUGGUGCUCAAGGUCACGGGAGUGCAAGUUACAUUAUUGUUUGUAAGCCGUGAGGCACAUGAAGCACACAUCACUAUCACCACCCUUGGCUUGACACACUCCCACAACACCAACAACAAGCAUCCUGGCGUUACCUCAGAGCAACACACGCCCCACAUCAAACCAUGGAAUCCAAUCAACAUUACCACAAGGAGAAAUCUCUUGAGGCAAUUCAACACCACCCAACAGCGGGGUGCCCGGCCCGAGGUCACCGUCCCCACUAAUGCUGGGGUGUCAUGGAGUCUGCUCACUGUGGCUGCCAGCGAGGGCCACGAGCACCUGCUGUCUCUCUUACUGCAGGCAGGGUUAAGCAUAGAAGGUGGAGGCACCACUGACAGGACACCGCUGAUGAUGGCUGCCCAGAAUGGCCACGCCCAUACACAGUGUGUGGCGGCCCUCUUGCCCGUCACCUCUCCCACUCCCGCACACCCCGAGGCACACACCCCGGUGCACCUCGCCAGUUAUUAUGGCCACGUGGAGGUACUGGAGCAGCUGGCAGGAGCUGGCUGGCCCCUCACUGCCAGGGACAGUGAUGGCAACACACCCAUGCACUCUGCUGCGGCCGGGGGUAGAGUGACAUGUGUGCAGUGGCUGGUGCAGCGAGGCGGUGACACAAGCAUGCAAAAUAAUGCUGGACACACCCCGCUUGACGAACAGUGUGUGGCGGCCCUCUUGCCCGUCACCUCUCCCACUCCCGCACACCCCGAGGCACACACCCCGGUGCACCUCGCCAGUUAUUAUGGCCACGUGGAGGUACUGGAGCAGCUGGCAGGUGCUGGCUGGCCCCUCACCGCCAGGGACAGUGAUGGCAACACACCCAUGCACUCUGCUGCGGCCGGGGGUAGAGUGACAUGUGUGCAGUGGCUGGUGCAGCGAGGCGGUGACACAAGCAUGCAAAAUAAUGCUGGACACACCCCGCUUGACGAGCAGUGUGUGGCGGCCCUCUUGCCCGUCACCUCUCCCACUCCCGCACACCCCGAGGCACACACCCCGGUGCACCUCGCCAGUUAUUAUGGCCACGUGGAGGUACUGGAGCAGCUGGCAGGUGCUGGCUGGCCCCUCACCGCCAGGGACAGUGAUGGCAACACACCCAUGCACUCUGCUGCGGCCGGGGGUAGAGUGACAUGUGUGCAGUGGCUGGUGCAGCGAGGCGGUGACACAAGCAUGCAAAAUAAUGCUGGACACACCCCGCUUGACGAGCAGUGUGUGGCGGCCCUCUUGCCCGUCACCUCUCCCACUCCCGCACACCCCGAGGCACACACCCCGGUGCACCUCGCCAGUUAUUAUGGCCACGUGGAGGUACUGGAGCAGCUGGCAGGUGCUGGCUGGCCCCUCACCACCAGGGACAGUGAUGGCAACACACCCAUGCACUCUGCUGCGGCCGGGGGUAGAGUGACAUGUGUGCAGUGGCUGGGUGCAGCGAGGCGGUGA